AUGAACGGAUUUUCAGAUCAUGGGUUGGAUGAGGGGUCGUUUGGGGAGAAGGGGGGGAUUGUGAAGGCUUUUGAUGCUUUUCCCAAAGCGAAACCACAAUACAUAACACAAACUUCUGGGGGCGGCAAAUGGACCGUCGUCAUGAUGCUCGUGUCCUUCGCUCUCCUCGUAUCCGAAUUCAUGCGUUGGUGGACUGGCCACGAAACGCACACCUUCGUAGUUGAGAAGGGUGUUGGACAUUCCCUACAGAUAAACAUGGAUAUGGUUAUCAAAAUGAAAUGUUCGGAGAUCCAUAUUAACGUACAAGAUGCGGCUGGGGAUCGCAUAUUAGCUGGAAUAAUGCUCAAAGAGGAUGCGACGAAUUGGAAACAAUGGGUGGAUGCAAAGGGUAUACAUCAAUUGGGUAAAGAUGCACAUGGAAGAGUGAUUACCGGAGAGGAAUAUCAUGAGGAGGGAUUUGGAGAGGAACAUGUUCAUGAUAUUGUGGUAUUAGGAGGAAAAAAGAGGGCAAAGUUCGCGAAGACCCCAAGAGUCAAGGGUGGUCCUAAGGGGGGUGACAGUUGUAGGGUUUAUGGAAGUUUGGAGGUGAAUAAGGUGCAGGGAGACUUUCAUAUCACUGCAAGGGGUCAUGGAUAUCCGGAGAUGGGAAAACAUUUGGAUCAUAGUGCUUUCAAUUUCUCCCACAUAAUCAACGAGUUAUCAUUCGGUCCCUUCUACCCCUCCCUUCUCAACCCUCUCGACCGCACCAUUGCUGGCACGCCCAACCAUUUCCACAAAUACCAAUACUUCCUCUCCAUAGUCCCAACUCUUUACUCCCUCUCGCCAUCGACAUUUUCUCCCUCGUCAUCUCCCACCCUUUUACGCACAAAUCAAUACGCUGUUACAUCACAAGAACAUAUUGUAGGCGAACGCAGCGUACCGGGCAUAUUCUUCAAAUAUGAUAUUGAGCCGCUUCUUUUGACAGUCGAGGAAAGUAGAGAUGGAUUCUUGAGAUUUGUAGUUAAGGUUGUCAAUGUUGUGAGUGGUGUGUUGGUGGCGGGUCAUUGGGGAUUCACGAUUACAGAGUGGGGAUUGAGGGUUUGGGGACGGAGGAGUGGGAGAGGUGCGAAGGGUAUGUUGGAUAGUGGAAAGUACAAUGAGGAUUAA